CCAAUUCUUUAACCGACGACCAGCCAGAUGAGCAACAAUCUCGAGCAGGGAGUUAGCCAGAGCAAGGACGACGCCAGGGCUACAAACACGAUAGGCAGUAGCAGCACCACCCCCGAGCUGCAUGGGCAGCAGAAGAUACAGAAUAUCAAGACGGGAGACUCCAACAAGAAGAAGAGGUCGCCGAACUGGUUGCCACAGGAGGAGGAACAACUGGCCUGCUCGUGGUUGGUGGUCAGCCAACGACCCGAAUUCAUCACCAACCAAACCAGUGAGUCAUUCUUUAGAGCCGUCGAACUCGACUUCAAUCAACAUAGCAAGCUCCAUCACCGUGACCACGACCAAAUCAGAAUUCGCUGGGCUGCUCUCAAUACAUCUACCCUAAAGUUUUCGGCAAUCUACAAUGCACUGGAAAAGUCACCCCCUAAGGACAGUACGCCGGAGGACUGGAUGGCCACUGCAAGAAAGAUCUACUCUGAACAGAGUAGAGGUCACACCUUCAAAGAUGAACUCGCUUGGAAGAAAUUAAGACACGCUCCCAAAUGGAAACAGGAUAAUAAAAAACUCAAUUAUCAUCAGGUUUUGAUGCCUGAUCUAUCCGUCGACGUCCAUCAACAACACCAACAUCAGCGCUUACAAGCCAUUGGUCAACAAGAACAGACACUCAAUCAGCAUCAUCAGCAGCUUCAUCAACUACUCCAACAGCCUCAGGAUCAACUGCCGCCACCGCCACAACAACAACAGCAGCAGCAGCAGCAGCAACAUCAACAAGCAGAAUGUUCAAGUACCUCUACGCAACAUCAUUCACCCAGGUCGGACUCGCCUUUAACUCAGACGAUCGAAGGCAGCAGAUCAAAACGAUUAAGGCUAGACCAAGAUCUCGAACGCUUGAUUGCCCAAACAACCGGACAUGAUUCCAGCCACAGCAUCCCAGUCAUCCCUACCGAUCCACACGAAAAACGACAGCCGGAUCCAUCCAACGAGAAUAACGAGGAUCAGGAUCAGUUGGAUCUCAACACGUUUGACUCGCUCGACGAUCAGGGCCAACAGCGGCUGGUCGCACAGAACUUGCAGCUCGAACGCGAGCUCAAACGGAGCCAGAUCGAAAUGAAUAACCUCAAGCUGCUCAUGCAAUCCGAGGCCGAUUGUCCUGAUCAGGAAAGCGUCAUCCUGCUCAGACUCAUGAAAUCUAGAUUGAAAAAACGGCUCCUGCUUGAUCAAGAAAAUUAGCAAUACUCGCGACUCUCUCCUUCCGCCUUUCCCCCCCUUUGUCGUUCACCUGUUUGUUCCCUUCUUUUUUCGCUCCAUUCGUCUUUCUAUAUCAUCAGAGUUGAUAUCGGCCGCUGUACCAUACUAAACAGGUCCAGCAAUCAAUCUAGAAACAAGUCCCUUCAAGCUCUUUUUUUUUUUUUAAAUUGUCA